CUGUGUGCGUGCGGGGGGGGGGGGGGCGGAUUAAGAGAGCUCUCCCUCCCUCCUCCCUUCCUUCUCUCCUUCCUUCCUUUCUUUCCUUCCUUGAUGACGCAGCGCUGCUGUCAGCCAGGCUCAGCCUUGGAGAGAGGGUCGCCCAGACAGGUGGCUCUACCUGCCAGGCCAGGUGCCCUCUCAGGGGCCGGGCAAGGAGCCCCAAGACCCCCCUUCUUCCUUCCUUCCAUCCUUCCUUCCAUCCUUCCAUCCUUCCUUUUCUCUCUCUCUCUCUGGGGCAGCAGGUGCCAAGGCUUGGAAAGAGAGCCAGGCAGAAGGCACUCCAAAGCCCAUCAGGAAGCUCGGCGGGAGGCUGAGUUAAGCCUGGCCUAAGUGGUCCCCACUGAAGGCUUCGGCCCCAUUGGCUUCCUCCAAGAUGGUGAGUCGACUGCCUCGCCCAGCGGACAUGACCCGCUUCUGCCAGAAGCUCAACCGGGUCAAGACGCUGGAGGAGGACAUGAUGGAGACGUCCUUCAACCGAUGCCUGAGCACUAUCGACUUGGCACUGCUGGGCAUCGGGGGCAUGGUGGGCUCCGGCUUAUACGUCCUCACGGGCACCGUGGCCAAGGACACGGCUGGCCCUGCCAUCGUCAUCUCCUUCAUCAUUGCCGGCAUCGCCUCACUGCUGGCGGCCCUCUGUUAUGCCGAGUUUGGUGCCCACGUGCCCAAAACGGGUUCGGCGUACAUGUUCACCUACGUCUCGGUGGGCGAGAUUUGGGCCUUCCUGAUCGGGUGGAACGUCAUCCUGGAGUAUAUGAUUGGGGGCGCCGCGGUGGCCAGAGCGUGGAGUGGCUACCUGGACGCCAUCUUCGACCACCGCAUCAAGAACUUCACGGAGAGCCACGUGGGCACCUGGCACGUCCCUUUCCUGGCCCAUUACCCGGACUUCCUGGCCUUUGGCAUCCUGCUCAUUGCCACCGCCUUGAUUUCCUUCGGGGCCCGGGUCUCCUCCUGGCUCAACCACAUCUUCUCCGCCGUCAGCAUGGGCGUCAUCCUCUUCAUCCUGGUGAUGGGCUUCAUCUUGGCCAGGCCUCAAAACUGGAGCAUCAGCGAAGGAGGCUUUGCUCCCUACGGCAUUUCGGGCAUCAUGGCCGGCUCAGCCACUUGCUUCUAUGCUUUUGUAGGCUUCGACGUCAUUGCCACUUGCAGCGAGGAGGCCCGCAACCCGCAGAGAGCCAUCCCGAGGGCCAUCGCCAUCGCCUUGAGCCUGGCCACGGGAGCCUACAUCUUGGUCUCCAUGGUCUUGACCCUGAUAGUGCCCUGGCAUUCCUUGGAUCCGGACUCUGCCCUGGCCGAUGCCUUUUACCGGAGAGGUUACGCCUGGGCCGGUUUCAUUGUGGCGGCUGGCUCCAUUUGCGCAAUGAACACGGUCCUUCUCAGCAACCUGGUCUCCCUGCCCCGGAUUGUCUAUGCCAUGGCUGAAGACGGGCUCUUCUUCCAGGUCUUCUCCCGCAUCCACCCCCGGACCCAGGUCCCCGUGGUAGCUAGCAUCGUCUUUGGCAUCCUCAUGUCGCUCUUGGCUCUCGUCUUCGACUUGGAGGCCCUGGUCCAGUUCCUGUCCAUCGGCACCCUCUUGGCAUACACCUUUGUGGCGGCCAGCGUCAUCAUCCUGCGCUUCCAGCGAGACAAAACUGGAGCAACUGGGGCAUCCAGCGGAAGUGAAGCCACUCUACCUUCGUCGGAGACCAUCACCAACAACGAACCCAAGGAGUACGAAUCGUUCUCGGACAAACUGCAGCUUGUGAGCAAGGAGAAAGGGAAAGGCCAACGGGAACCAGGGCAACUCAAGGCGGCUUUUGAGCCCUACCUGGACUUCCUCAGCGAUUUCUACCCGGGCGAAGUGGUCACGGUGGGAGUGAUCAUCCUGAUGGUCUCAGCCAUCUGCCUGUCAGCCAUCUUGGUCUUUGGGAGGAACCAGCUCCACCUGCCCACCUGGAGCUAUGUGUUGCUGCUCCUGCUCUUCGGCCUGGGCCUGGCGCUGAGUUUGUUCCUCAUCAGCAUCCAUGAGCAAAAGAAGAGCACCCAGACGUUCCAGCUCCCACUGGUCCCACUGACUCCUGCGCUGAGCAUUUUCAUCAACGUCUAUCUCAUGCUGAAGCUCAACUACAUGACGUGGCUGCGGUUCACUGUCUGGCUGAUUGCAGGCUUAAUGGUCUACUUUGGCUACGGCAUCUGGCACAGCAAAGAGAACCAGCGGGAGCCCCAGGGGCACGCCGUCAGCGCCCGCUACGUGGUGUUCCCCAGUGGCAGCCUCGAAGAGACGGUCCAGACUGUGCAGCCCAGCACGCAGCCCUCUCAGGGCCUGGAGGAAACCCUGGAAGAGGAAGCCAAGAGAUGAUGGGGUAGGCCGAACCAGCGGAGGCCAGUCCCUUGUCCCCUGCCCAGCUCGCCGAGUCUAUAGCGUUGGGGCGAAACGUGGGCUCUCCCUGUGGGCCUGGCAAGCAACUGCCAAUGAAGCAGAGAACUGACUGCUUCUCCUGCCUUGCUUGGCCCACAUCUCUGGGACUGGGAAGCUGGACCCAUCUUGCUGCUGGAUGCUCAGAUGUUGUCCAGUCUGUCCCAUUUUGGGGCAUGGAAGUGGCCCUGGAUCCAAAGAAAAUAUGUUCCCAUUUGCAGCCCUCCCACGGGUGAAAGGACUCACCUCCUGCUUUCAUGACCGAUUUCUUCCUUCAUUGGAAAUCCUCCCCCUUCCUCCCCAUCCUUGCUGGGUUCUCUAUGCAGGAGUGCAGACUCCACUGCCAAGUAUGCAGGUGGGAAAGGGAUGACAUGGCUGUCCAUUCUUGGACAAAACCUCCUUGGGAUGUAGUUGACCUCUCUGUCUUCCCAACACCACGUACAUACAAUCACUCGACAAGUCCUUCUCUUCCCACACAACGCCUUGUAGAGGACUUGAGCAUCUCAGAAAAGAUCUUCCUCUCUUAGCUCUUCGUAGGUAGUGAGUUCUUACAUUCCUUCACUCAGUCACUUCCAAACACUUGAGGGUUCCCCCCCUUUUUUAACUGAAUGAUAGUAGGAAGCAUCUUUUUUAUAUACCAGGGAAGGUUUCCUUUAAGCAUAAGAAUGUAUUUUGGAAAGAUUCCGAUGCAAAACUGGUUGAACACAAUUUGAAACCAGCUCCCGGUCUUUCGUUGAUCUGGCUUGCCCUUAGUUUCUGGCCCUUUCCUGGCUCUGCCUUCCUCCUUGGAGGGCAGAUGAUGUCAGCGCUUUGCAUCAACAGUGGUAGGUUCGAAUGACCCAGCCGCACCAGGGACCAAUGUAAAGCACAAGGCCAACGGAAAGGGCAGCAGAGAAGCCAUCACUUUUGGACACACACGUUGUGUUUCCGUUUUUUAAUUCCCUAUGACAUCAAGUUGGGGAAGCGCUGUGCUUUCCCGUUGGGGUAUUUCUAAGGCUGACCCAUCCCGUUGCGUCUCAUUCUUUCCAAGCGAAGCAAGAUUUGAUUCUGCUCCCAACCUCCCAAGCUGAGGGUCCCGAUGGGCCUUGCCCCUAGGGCAGCCCCGCCACAAGAUCAGCCUCUUGGCUCUUUGGUGCCUUUCUUGUCUUCACUGUGCUCAAGAGAACCCUCCUCUUGGCUCCCUUGUACGGUCCGUACAGAACGGCUUUCUCUACACAAGGGGCACAUGCCCGUUUGUUUGUAUGCACCAUAGCUCCGUAUCAGAGAUCCGGGUCCAGUUUUCACUUCAAACAAUGAACACAAAUCUUCUGCGACUAAAGGUCCCAACAUGUUGGCAGGGAGUUUCAUUGGGCCAUGGUCCCAUGUGCCCACUUCUGCCAAGCAGGGAAACAGAGCAGCCAAGGCUCUUGCUGCUAUCCAGUAUCCUCUCGGCGUAGCAUAAAUCUCCCUACUCCGGGGUAAUGCUACACCAACCCGACCCAAUCCCCAAACGCAACUGCAAGCAUAGUGGUGUGUUGUAGACAACUCCGCUUCCACCGCUGUCAGCCGAAUACGUCCGUUGUGUUCUGGUGAAUAUUCCGCUGUCCCGCAGGCAGAGGGUGACUGUCACAGGCAGGAGGCCAGCCUUGGAGGGCUGGCUAUGUCAUAUCCACAAGCCUCACAGGGACAUCCUGGUGAAUAAGAAACAAGUAGGGAGUCUUUGUGGGUUUCCCUCUUGCCGACUGCUGAAAAGGAAGCUUCUUACUCCCCGCUUCCGCUGCAUCAAAGCAAGCAAAGGCCCGGUCUCCCAUAUGAAGGUAGCAUGGCUACUUCCAGCCGUUUUGGAACCGGGGCCAUCAUCCCAACAGCCACCUGCUGUCAAUGAAGGUGCUCUCUCCUAGGUAGCAUGUAGCGUAUCUCUGUGCGUUCUGACUGCUGCUCCCAUCAGCCUUGAAAGCUGCAGCACUAGCUGCCUCAGUGUCGGCCUCACUGCAACCACAUUCCCCUGCUAUGCUGCUCUGCAAAGCCAACCUUGCAUAAAGAUUUGUUGUACCUUG